AUGCUAAUUGUCACAUUAAUACCUCAUCAUAAUCUUGAAGAAUUUGAAAGAAAAAUUGCUAAUUGUCACAUUUUGAUUGCUAUUGCCUCAUCAUUAUUCAAUGAUGUUAUCGCUAUGGCCUUUUUGUAUACAUGUAUUUGGACAAUGAUUAAUAAAAAAUGGAAACUAAGUUGUGUACUUUACAGUCUGGCUUUAUCCGUCAAGAUGAACAUUCUUUUGUUUUUUCCAGCGUUUGGUGUUCUUUUAUUCAAAUCAUUGGGGGCACGGAAAACUUUUAGUUAUAUAUUAUUAGUAGCAUUAAUCCAAAUCAUUUUGGCAUUUCCAUUUCUGAUAACAUAUCCACGAUCAUAUUUAGGGCAAGCUUUUGAAUUUUCUCGUGUAUUUUUAUAUAAAUGGACAGUAAAUUGGAAAUUUGUCACGGAAGAAACAUUUCUUAGUAACGGGUUUUCUAAAGGACUUAUGAUUGCUCACGUCUGGGUCCUGAUAGCUUUUCUGUUUGGAAGUUGGUGUCGCUCUGAUAAUGGUGUGCUUCGUUUGUUGCGCCUUGGAUUUUUUGGAAAACCUUCCGAAAUGGCUAAAGUGAAAAAGACGGUUACUGUUGAUC